AUGAUCCACCACAUCAACAUCCAGAUUACCGACCGGGAACGGACGCGGGAAUGGUACGAGCGGGUGCUGGGCGCCGAGUUUCUGGACCGGGGCCCGGCAUUGAACCGCCGGCAGCUCCAGUUGCGGUUGGGGACCGGAGAAAUCCACACCUCCGACACGGAAGACCUGGUCAAAGUACCCCGAGUCCACUUUGCCAUUGAGGUUGAGGACUUCGACUCUAUGCUGGCCCACCUGGAUUCCCAGGGUGUGCCCUACAGCAGAACGGGUGGCGGCGCAUUCACCGGUACGGGCGGCGACGAUCCCCGGCAGGGAACCAGGGAAGACACCGGUGAGCGCUACACCUACAUCAGCGACCCCGAUGAAAACCUCAUCGAGUUGGUGUACCACGCCGGGGGACUGGAAAACUCUUCGGGAGAGGCCGUAGAUUUGACCCACGACACAGGCAACGUCCGCUGGACCCAGAUAGAGGGAUUCGUUGAAGCCGCCUACGCCGAGGAGCAGGUUACUGUUAGCUAG